AUCACGCCGCACCAGGCAGGAGCACCUCACUUUGCCUCACCUGGCUUUACCUGAGGUAUUACAGGCUUGCAGCACUCCGUGUCUGUGAAAGAGACGCCUCACACACUGCCAAUUCACGCGCCCGCUACCCACGCACGUCUUCCAAGCCCAAGCCCGCGUCUCGCACCCCAGAGUUAACCUGCGAAGCAUCCGGUGAUCCACUCGAACCGCUGUCGCUCUCCGCAGACUGCAGUACAAGUGCCCAAAAGUCUUGUCCAAGGACCACACUGCGCACUCCGUAGGCAUCUCGUCAAAUCUCCUUGGCUUUUCCCCAUCCCGCUUUCCUCGCUUGGAACCUUCCCGUUGCCCGCCUGCCCGCCUGCCCGCCGCCAUCUCCUCUUUCCCAUACCUUACCUUGCUCCGUACCGUACGGAUACCUACCCUUAUUGCUCAUCUCCCCUCCAGACUCCAGGGCUCCCUCCUUGACCGCCCAUCAGAAUAAAAAGGAAAAGGGCUGACGAAGCGUGCCACGCUGUUCAACACGUUUUUGCCCCUCUCCCAGCUCUUUUCUCGGCCCUCUGCCGUCUCUUCCGUCCCUCUCUCUCAGCUCCUGCGCUGUUCCUACCUUACCUUACACCAACUCACCUCACAUACGGGAUAUCCCACUCGCGUUACCUGAGAGAUACUCCGUACCAAGUCUGCCAACCUUGCUCUCUGCUACCUUACAGCCUAACCGAACAACCGAACCGAAAGAUAAACCAUGUCUUUCUUCAAGAAGCUCACCAAGGAGUUUGAGGAACUCAAGACCUCCUUCUCCGACGACAAGCCUGCCGAGAAGAAGGACGAUCAGCAUCAACAGUACCAGCAGCAGCAGCAGCAGCAACAGCACCACCAGCAGCCUCAGACCGGCGAACGCGGCUUCGGUGAUCAACCGCAGCAGCAACAAUACGGCGGCUACGGUAGCGGCGCUCCUCCCUCCAACUACCCUUACCCAUCCCAGGCACAGCCCGGUUACGGCGGCCAGCCCAGCUACGCCCAGACGCCGCCUCCGGCUCCCCAGUCUGCCGCGCCCCCUAUGGCCGCUCCUUCCGUCUCCAGCGGCUGGUUGGUCCAGUGGGACACCAACAACAACCGCUGGUUCUACGUCGACCAGAGCACCGGCCGUUCCCAGUGGGAGCACCCGUCCCCUCCUACCGGUGGCCAGGGCGGCUCCUCCUAUGCCCCGCCUCCCGUUCCCCCCCACCCUUCCUCCGACACUAGAGCCUUCGGCGACCAGGGUUCCGGCUACGGCUCACCCGCUCCACAGUACGGCGGUGCCCCCGCUCCCUACGGCGGCAACCCCAGCUACGGCGGUUCUCCCGCCCCCUAUGGCCAGCCUCAGUACGGCGGUGCUCCCGCUCCUUACGGCCAGGCUCCCUACGGCCAAGACCCGUACGCCCAGCAGCAGCAGGGCCAGAACCCGUACGGCACCAAGGACAAGGAGAAGAAGAGCAGCAGCAGCGGUAUGCUGCUUGGAGCUGCCGGUGGUCUCGCUGUCGGUGCCGUUGGUGGCGCGUUGAUUGCUAACGCCCUCGACGACUCUGACGAUGAGCACAAGCACGCCGCUGCCCCCGCAGCUCAACCUCAGUACGGUGGCUACCAGGAUUCCUACAACGACCCUUACAACCAGCCUCCUGCCGUGCUCCCUCCUACUGACGCGGAUGGCUCCUCCGUCUCUUCCAGUGAUCGUGAGGAGGUCCAGGAGGCCAGAGAGGAGUACGAGGAGGCUCUCGCCGCUGCCGCGGACUCUGAUGCCAGCAGUAGCGAUCACGAGCGCCUCGAGGAGGCCAGAGAAGAGUACGAGGAGGCGUAUGAGGAGGUUUACGAGGAUUAGACGCGUCUCACAGCAACCUCGAAUUGUGAAUUUGCACGCGGUCAGAGCGUCGAACUUGCUAUGACGACUUGACGACAAAGAACGGGAUGGCUCAGCAUUGCGUGGCAGUUGUGACGGCCUCUAGAGGAGGAUGUAGAACACGGCUUGGUGGUUUUUGGGGGAACAAUCGUUCGUUUACCUUAUCCCAUAGCUUGCGAGAUCCAUAGCCCCCUUGGAAUUCAAACGCGA